AUGAGUUUAACCACCAGUCUGGACGCAGGCGAUCUCAUCAUUGAGCCUAUUUCAGAGGCUGUCGCCAUGUAUGACGAUCUGCUGGAGCAGCUUCGCGAGUUUAUGUCAACUCGCCAAACCGUGCCCAAAGAACUUGGUGCCGUCGAGCUCGCCACUUUUUUCGUUGGUGUAGACUACAAGGUAAGCAAUGCAAACAACCAGGUGAUCGAGAUCUACUCACGCCUUGUCAAUCAGGACGUCUUACAGGGUCCCGAAUACCGUCCUUUCGCCAAACUCGCCAAAAGACCUGGACCAGACUCUCUCAGAGUUUUCAAUCACGUCGUCCUCAAGAUCUCCCAACAAAGCAUCAGAACCUGCGAUGCAAUGCUUCCUCAUCUCAUCUACAAGAUCACAAACGUGUGCGAGCCUCCCGUCAACAGCCCCGAAGAUUUGCUUGAUGCAACCUCAGCCGUGCUCUUCGAAAUCAUUGGCCCUCGUCUACAGCUUGGCAAUGACCUCCACAUGACGUUCAAUAGAGUCGGCAGAAACACCUUUGAGUGUCUCGAGCGUUUGAAGGAGCAGAAUGAGGAGUGGUCAAGCAUCUGGGACGGUGGAUUGAAGCAGUACGAGCCCGAAACUAUUAAGCUUGGUCUCAUCCAGAUCAAGAACGCUAUGCUGAACUUGGAAGGAAUGAUGCUUGGUUGUCUCCGUACAAUCCACACCCUUCAGAAGAAGAAGGGAUGGUGA